AUGAAUCGUCCCAAUUUUAUACAACUACCCGAAUCCAAUUCGCGCUCUGCCAGCGCCCUUUCAAGAAAUGGGCACACAUCGCCCCGCAUUCAGCAUUUCGAUGGCGACGUACCACCCGCUCUAUCGCCCUUGGAUGCCAUUGCGGCGAGAAGUAGGAAAUUGGCCAAGGAGUUGGAAGAAACCAGAAAAGCAGGAGAACGACGCAUGAGCAGACUUCCACCUCAAGUCGUGACCGAAUCCUUGACCGAACACCAGAACAAUCGUCCUCCCAUUUUUCGCGCCCUGUCUGAGGGAACCGACACUCUUCCUCCUUUACCCAGUAUUCCUAGCCAUAUCGAUCGCCCUGGCUUUUAUCCGCGUGUUGCCAAUCCGACCAAUCGUCCCGCUUCUCAACAUGCUCGAAUGAGUGUCGCACUCAAGCCCACUCACGACCAAGAAGGCAGAGAUAACGAUACCCCGUCCCGAUUGUCUGAGGAUACCAAAGAUUACUUCGGUGCUCCGCGAGUAGAGUCCCCUCCACCUCUCGAAGAUGACACGCCUUUUUCAACAUCACGUCGCACAGCUUCAGCUCAGAAUUCUCAGGACGAUCAUUCUCGGCAGAAUCCCACCAGGUCUCACCCAGAUCUAACCUUGAAUUUAGCACCACCACAAUCUCAUUCUCAUAGAUUACGCCCAUAUCAAGAUGCCUCUGACGAUGACUAUACCAGUUCAAAUGCCGGUUCAACCUUUUCACAGUCUCGAAAGCUAUCCUCUAGUAGUGGAGUUUCAGUCCCUCAUUCACCCAUAUCCCCCUACUUACAAGCUCACGGCCGGACACCCUCUGGCAACUCGAUUGGAUCACCGACGAGAGGUAGCAUAGCGCGCAACUUCUCGCGCCCUAUGAGUUCUGCUAGUAUGAACAACCUCCGAGGGGAAAAGAGCCCGGGCAAAGCUCCAUUAGCCAUGCGAGCAAGUCAUCUCAGACAGACCAGCUCUUUCGAUGGUACCAAUGUCCCUACAGGUUUCAUGGCGGGUCAGGCAUCAUCCUAUACACAUAUGACCUACAGCUUACCGAGGGGUCGACUUGUAUCUGGCAGAGAUUCUCGAGCCUUUGCACGGCUAAACGAUCCCAACCCGGAAUGGCAGGAUCCCAUGUUUCCUGGCUCUCCACCUCUCGAGGGCAAAAAGAGUGGCGAGUUACCUGUGCCAUCUCCGCUACCCUCGGCUCGACCCAGUCGAGAAGAUCCACAAAGAUCUGGAUUCUCCUUUGAAUUGGAUUCUGAACGAGGUAUGACUGCAGAGAAUAUCUCGCCAUCUACAUACUACACUCCUUCGGGAUCAUUGCGUUCCACCGACUCAGGACCCACUCAGCCCUCAACUGGAGUUGCUGCCUCGGGGAAUGUGCUGAGGCCGCCUCCGACUCCGCUCUCACCCGUUGAAGAAAUGUCCCAUUCGUCCAGAUCCAACAGCACAAUCCGACCUUCCACUUCUCGAACAGUCAGUACGCAGCAAUCAUUUCCAGCCGAUGAGCAUGUAUCCAAAGCCAUUGCCCUCCACGAGAAUGGCGAUCUCAAAGAAUCAACUUAUCAUCUACGUAUCGCAGCCAACAAAGGCCACGCUACAGGCAUGCUUUUGUAUGCCUUAGCCUGUCGUCACGGCUGGGGAAUGCGUGCAAAUCCGAAGGAUGGCAUCCAAUGGCUUCGGAAAGCUGUUGACUGUGCCAUGUUAGAAGUUGCCGAUGAUGAAAAUCCCACCGGAUCAAAACCCGCCUCUGACAUCAAUGAUAAGAAAACGCAUCGAGCACAGUUUGCAUUGAGCAUAUACGAAUUGGGAGUCUCCCACUUGAAUGGCUGGGGAAUAGAAAUGGAUAAAGCAUUGGCCCUGAGGUGCUUCGAAAUUGCCGGUAACUGGGGCGACACCGAUGCCUUGAGCGAAGCAGGGUUCUGUUAUGCAGAAGGUAUUGGUUGCAAGAAAGAUAUGAAGAAGGCCGCCAGAUUUUAUCGCAUGGCCGAAGCCAAAGGUGUUAGUAUGAUUGGAAACAGCUGGAUCCAUAAAGAGAAAUAUAACGACACCGAUGACGAUAAGCAAGAUGUCGCAGACCGAUCCAGAUCACCUUUCGUAGCGCGGAGUUCGUUGGAAAAGUCGCGCAACAAGUCCAAGUCCCGUGGCAUCUUUGGGAGAAAAAAGUCAACAAAUACUGGAUGA